GGUUCAAUCCGCCAUUAAAGAUCAGUAGAAGAAGAAGGACACUUCGCUAUUUUAACGUCUCAGUUUGUCUUUUCUUCGGCUGUCUACGUCAUUUCGGUGUUUUUACCUAAAAGUGAGAGUUUGCGCCUGGAGGCAGUUCGGUGUUCCGUCUAGUUUAUCUGAGGAACCUUCCUCCACAGGCGUCCAUCAUGUCCCGUGACUACCCGUUCCGCCCGCCGCCAUCGGACUCGGACCUGCGGCCCGACCCGCGGCGCCACGGCGCUGGAGCAGAGCCGGACUUUUACCGGCAGCCUGCGGAGUCUUUCUCCUCCUCCUCCUCGUCCAGGAGCGGGGGGGCGGCCCCCGGCCCCCAGGACUCGGUGCUGAGCCUGCUGAGCAGCUGCGGCCUGGAGCCUGAGGACCUGUCUCUGCUGGCCAAGCUUCCUGAGGACGUCCUCACCGUGGAGUCUCUUCCUCACAUCCUCAACCAGAUCAAAGGGAAGAAGGAGGCCUUCGCUCCUCGCUCUCCUCCUCGCCACUUCCCCCAGCGGCCGGGGGCCCUCCAAGCUCCGCCCCCCUCCUUCAAGCCCCUUAGCUCCGCCCGCUGGCCCCCCGCCGGCCCCGCCUCCAGAGACUGGGAGGACCGCAGGCCGCCGGUCCGGUACCCGCUGCGCGUCCCCUCCCCCCCCGCGCCUCCUGAGUCUCAGCGGGACCGCUGGCCGGGUCGGCGGCCCGCUGCCAGGUCGCCGCCGCCUUUCCCCUCCAGGCGCGCCGUGGACCGAGACCUGCGGCCCCGGGCCCCCGCUUACGGUAGGGAAGCUUCUUCUUUCGGCGCGGCGGGGCCGCUGGACAGAACACGCCCUCCUCGCUUCUCCGGAUCCGCCGACCGCAAAGCGCCUCCUCCUCUUGGCGAGCGGCGCCACGAGUCCAAGUCGGCCCCCGGCAGCCGGGCCCCCGGCGCCCUGCCUUCUAAGAAACAAGCCCUGGACUUCCACGGGACGCUGCCGGCCGUCUUCCCGUACUCGUGCUCUCUGUGUGACAUCACGGUCCUGUCAGAGAAGACGUGGACCCAGCACGUCAACGCCACCGUCCAUGCAGACGGCCAGCUCAACCUGCUGCAGAGGUUUCCCAGCUGGGACUGUCGCCUGGAAAGAGUUGGCAGCGACGAUGACCCACCAAGCCAGUGGAAAGAGGCACCGAGGCAGGCCGCAGCAACGUCCAGAACCAGUCAGAACCGAGCAGAUCCACAAACAUCCAAGAAGCAGCAGAAGGCGUCAGAUAAAGGGAAGGUGGUCUGUGCCAAGUUCCCCCCCCAGUCGGUGGAGGAGGCGGGUCUGAGGAAACUCAUCGAGCCGUUUGGGAAAAUAGGAAAGAUCCUCAUGUUUCCAUCUCUGGCGUUUGUGGAGAUGGGUUCCUGCGAUCAGGCGAAGGAUCUUGUGAAGUUCUACAGCAGUUCUGAUAAGGCGGCCGGGAAGGAGAAGGUGGAGUUCAGCAUCUCCAACGCCUUCAGCUUCCUGCAGAGCUCUCAGGUGGUGAGCUUCACUCCGGCGCCGACCGGCGAGGACGGCCGGUCCGACCUGCUCAGCAUCGCCAAACGCUUCGGAGAGCCGCUCUACACGCUCUUCCUGCCGUCCCAGGCGUUUGUGGAGAUGAAGGUUUCUGCAGAAGCUCAGAAGAUGGUGGACUUUUACUCCUGCAGCGCUCUGAGGAUCAACGGCGCCACCAUCCAGGUGGCCUUCUCCUCAGAGUACCGCACCCUCAUGCGGGUUCCCUCAGCCCAGAAGUACGAAGAAGAACCGAGCGAGACCAGGGAGUCCAGCAGGGACCAGAGAACCGGGUCCAGAGACGGGUCCAGGGAAGGCAGGCGGAAAAGAAGCGGUUCUGGAGACGGAAAGGGAAAAGGCAGCAGAACCAGGUCCAGGUCCAGAGAGAAAUCCAGAACAAGAUCCAGCCAGCAAAAGAGGUCCAAAUCCAAAGAACGGGACAGCACCGGUUCCCCCAAGCAGAGCCAGUCUGAGAAAAAGCCCAAAGAACCAGAGAACUCGGGUCCGGUUCUCCUCCCCUGCUCAGAGGAACCUCAGAAGGAGGAAGGUGUUUCCAUCAAGACCCAAGCUGCCGAGGAGGAGGAGGAGAUGGGCGAUGAAGAUCGGUCCACGGCAGACGAGAGCGACAUCGAGGGGAUGGAGGUGAUCGCUGAGGACGAGGACAACCUGGACAGCCUGGAGGAGGACAGAGAGCAGAGGGAGCGACCAGAACCUCCUGCUGCAGAAGAGCAGAAGCUGGAGGAGAAGGAGGAGCAACCGGAGCUGCUGGAGGAGGAAGCAGAAUUCCCGCUGGACCUGGAGAACUGCAUCACUCUGGAUGAGCUGCAGAGUGACGAUGAAGAUGAAGGUCCUCCUGCUGACGGAGACUCGGAGGGGUCCGGACGGGUUCUGUUCUUCAGCGCCAUGCCGCCGCAGUUCGCCGACUCGGACUUCAUCGCCCCGAUGAGGCGCUUUGGGACGGUGGUCCGUUACCUCCUGAUCCAGAACCGACAACAGGGUUUUGUCGAGAUGUCGACUUCCUCUGAAGCUCUGAAAGCUGCUGAAGAGCUGCGGUCCAAACCCGUCUACGUCAGCGGAACCAGAAUCAUCGGCACCUUGGCUCAGAACUCCUCGGGUCUCGCCAACGGGUGGCCGGUUCCAGAAGAGGAGAGCGGACCCGCCGCCUCAGAACCGGACCAGAACACCCGGUCCAGAAGGGACCCAGAGGAAGAGCUGUGCCAACCAACUGGAGAGACAUCUGAAACGGGUCUGGAGACGCCUGGAACGGCGCCGGAACCGCUCACACCGAGUCCAGAGCUGGAGGCCCGGUCCCACGAAGCCACAGAAACAUCUGGAAAGGUUCUGGAGGAACGGGCCUCCUGCAGAACAGGAUCCAGAACCGUGGAGCAGGAAGCGGUACUGAACCCAGAGACGUCUGCCGAAGGUCCGGAAACACCAGAGAACGGUUCUGAUGAUGAAAGCAGACGCAGGAGGGAGCCCGCCUCCAGAACCGCUCCAGAUGCACCAAAGAGGAAAGGUUCUGAGGUCCACUCUGUGCCGGCCAAAACCCUCAGAACCCAGGAAGCUGCAGAGCAGCCGGACCCAACAUCAGAACCAGAGGCUGACAGAGAGAAGAACCCAGAACCACAGGCAGACGCGAACAAUCCAGAAAGUCCAGAACCACCUGAACAGGAGGCGGGCCCGGCGGCACCAGCAGAGGGCGCCACUGAGCCACAGAGACCCGCAGAACCCGUCGGCGUGGAGUUCGUGCGUCCCGUGGUGGGCUACUUCUGCCACCUGUGUCAGCUGAUCUUCAGCGACGAGGACGAAGCCAAGCUGCAGCACUGCAGCACGCCGGCCCACUACAGCAAGUACCAGGAAAAGACGGGCAGAGAGACCCCUGGGUGAAGUGACUUGGCGCUGUGGACCAGAACCAGUUUAAUUUAUUUCACCGCAACUCAGAAGAACCUGCUGCUGUAAAUGUGCAAAAGUUGGAAAUAAAUAAAGUUCAAAUCUGA